UUCGUAAGCUGCGAAACUCGACUUGUUUAUUGAAUUAUUUUGAAUUAACCAAGUUUUCAGGUUUCUUUAUAGUGACCAAUGUUGCAUUAAAAAAUAACUAUAUAGAAUUAAAAAAUACAUACUAUAUCAAUUAUCUUUAAAGCAUUUACAAUUGUUUUAAUAUUCGAAUUUAUUCUGAAAUUUCCUGUAAUCAAGACGAGAGCAUCGAAAUUUUAUUCGCAUAUACCUGAUAUUUGACAAGUUGGAUACCUUAACAAUAAUAUUUUAUUAUGAACCAAAUACUUUAUACUGUUAUUUUGUAGUCAUGGCUGAUAGAAGAAAACUUCAAGGUGAAAUAGAAAAAUGCCUUAAGAAAGUAUCAGAGGGUGUUGAAGCAUUUGAUGAUACUUGGAAAAAGGUAUAUAGUGCUACAAAUGCAAACCAGAAGGAAAAAUAUGAAGCCGAUCUUAAAAAGGAUAUUAAAAAACUUCAGAGAUUUCGAGAUCAAAUCAAAACCUGGUUGACCUCCAGUGACAUAAAAGAUAAAAGACCUCUUCAAGAUGCUCGGAAGCUUAUAGAAACAAGGAUGGAAAAGUUUAAAGUGGUAGAACGUGAAACAAAGACUAAAGCUUAUUCUAAAGAAGGUUUAGGUGCUGCACAAAAACUUGACCCUGCCCAAAAAGAGAGAGAAGAAAUUACUACAUGGCUUACAAAUUGCAUUGAAACUUUAAAUAUUCAAAUAGAUAAAUUUGAAUCAGAAAUGGAUACAAUAAAUUUUAGUUUAAAGAAGAAGAAAACUGAUAAAGAGAAGCAAGAUAGAUUAGAUGACUUAAAAGAAAGACGAGAGAAACAUAAAUAUCACAUUAAUCAACUCGAAGCACUGUUGAGGAUGCUCGAUAACAAAACUGUUGAAGUUGAUCAAAUAAAGAAGAUUAAGGAUGAUGUGGAGUACUAUCGUGAUUUCUCACAAGAUCCAGAUUUUCAAGAAAAUGAGUUCAUAUAUGAUGAUCUUAAUUUAGAGCAUAUAGAUGAUUAUUUGGCAAAGCAGAAAGCUUCUGUUGAUUCAAAGAAUGCUACAAUAGAAGAAGAAAAUUCAACUAUUACUUCGAAUUCUCCUACCUCUACUACUUCCAAUUCUCGAAGCCACAGUCCAUGCUUAGAAAAUCAUUCCUCAGAAGAAAGUAAAGCCCCAGAGCUGAAUCUCUGUUCGAAUAAUAUACACCAACCUCCUUCUCCUACUUCUGUUAGCAAAAACAGCCUUUCUUCAGAAAGCAACAACCCAGCUACUUCUCAUGUGAAUUUUCACAACAGUCAACCUGUGAUAAACUCGCAAACAUCUUCCACUCCAUAUGCUGCAGCUGUUUCUAAUUUGCCAAACAAUCAUUAUAAAAUGUCCAGCAAUCAUGAGAGUACAUGGUCAUCAUCCAAUUCUUUAGAUGAAGAGCUCAACAAUGAUGUAAAUACGAAGCCCUUUCAUUGUACGAAUUCAUCAGAUGCACUUCAUAACAACACCAAUCACGUGUCAAAAUCAUCUGUGCCUGUGAGCAAUUCGUGGACAGAUUCCAACUACAAUAGGUAUCACUUCCAAGAUACUGAAACAAGAGUACACCAUGACUCAAAUGAUCAGUAUGUUUUUAACAAUAGUGAUAAUCACCUGCUCCUGGGCAAUGAAUCUAGUAAAAAUGUAGUUUCCUCUGUAAACUGCCAAAACAACACAAGAUCUUAUGGUUCAUCUGCUCCUCUUAAUGUUUCUUCAAAUACUGUGAUCUUGGAUGAUGCACAAUCUUCCUUAAAAAAUCUUGCUGAAAGAGCUGUUCUGAGCACUGGAAUCAGUAAUCAUAUUCAUAGCUUGCCGUUUUCAGCAAUUCAAAACAAAGGUUCUCAAAUAACGCACAAUGUUCUUGGAACUACAGCAAAUGACCUAUUUAUGGACUCAACAAAGCCCCUACCAUCCAUGGGAUCUACAAAAAUAGAUAUUAGUCAGAUAUUUGGAGAAUUUCCCCAAAAUAGUUUUACAUCGGAACAAAAGCAAGCUAUGAACAUUCUUGAGGUUGCCUGCAAGCGUUUACCUCUGCCAAUAGAUUCACAGAGAUGCAGGCAUCUUGGUCCUGGUGCUCCAUAUCAAACACCUGAUUACUAUCCAUCAAGUGCACCUAAAUGCAACACUAUGGAAUUCUUUCAGCGUCUGUCCACAGAAACAUUAUUUUUCAUCUUCUAUUUUCUUCAGGGCACAAAGGCUCAAUAUUUUGCUGCUAAAGCACUAAAGACAAAGUCAUGGAGGUUUCACACCAUGUUUAUGAUGUGGUUCCAAAGACAUGAAGAGCCGAAAACUAUUACAGAUGAUUUUGAACAGGGCACAUAUGUGUAUUUUGAUUUUGAAAAAUGGACUCAAAGAAAAAAGGAAGGUUUUACGUUCGAGUACAAGUACCUGGAAGAUAAAGACUUAAACUGAAUGAGAGGAGUUCAUUGUGUGAAUUUAUUUGGCUUUUAAAAAUGUUAAAAGAGUUUUUAAAGCUUCAUGAGACUUAUAAAUACGGAAUUAUUAUUAUUGUCUAUGCACCAAGACCUGACAUCUGUUAAAGUGUAUUUUAAAGCUGAAAAAUCAAAGUUUUGCUUCAAAAUGAAUCCAUUUUUAUUAGAAAAUCUGGCAGAUGAUCACUUUUUAUUUUAAGAAAUAAUAUUUUGCUUUGACAGUACUGACAAUGUAUUUAUAUAAUUAUUUUGACCUUAGUUCUAUUUGUAUCUCAAUAAGAAGCAUUAAUAUAAUGUAAUUGCGGUUUUUAUUUAUUGAGAUUUUCUUAUCUUUGAAUAUAGAUAUCUUUUGAAUAUUACCUGUAUUUAAGAUGUUUGUAGUUAAAUUGGAUCUCUAUUAAAGUAUUUUAAAUUACAUAUCUUCAAAGAGUUUUUUAGAAUUUUUCAAGCAAAAAAAAAAAAUACAUUUUAUUUUUGAACAGUUGCAGUUUCAUUUGUUUAUAAAUGUAAAAUUCUUGCUUCCUGUAUUGGAGUAAGAGUAAGACCAGUUAAAUUGAUAUCCAUUUUUUUUUCAUGUUAGUUGAAACAUUUUUUUAAGUAUUAAUAAAAAAAAUUAAAGAAUACUCAAUGUGAUAUGAGAAUAUUUCAGCAAGCUUUUGGAUUUCAAAAUUGAUUAUCAAUUUAAUCAUGCAUUAAUGCAUGUUUUGUGCACACACAUCUAAAUUUGAUCAAUUUCUAGAAACUUGUUUAAAAAUACUCAGUGAAUGAGUUAUGAUUACUUUUGCUCUGAGAAUGAGUAAAAGUAAAUUUGUUGAGGGGGGAAAAAGUGAAAUAAUUUCUCAAUAUCUCUAUGAAGUGUUCCUUAUAUGGUCUUCCUAUUCUACCCACGACAAACAGGGUACUAUGUACAUAAACAUUUUUUUAUAAAUUUUUUCCUUCAAUAAUAUUCAUCAACCAAAAUUUCUAUAAAAAAAUUCUUUAAUUCCAUCCCAACUUUAGAUGCUUCUUUCAUUACAAUGGCACUUUUUUUUUAAAUAAAAUUUUUCCAAACUAUUACAGUAUUUAAAUUUAAAAUAAUCAAUUAUUUAACUGUCGAUUACAAAUGCAUUAUUUUCUAUGUAAUUAAUAUAUAUUUUUUUAAUUCUUGAAAUUCACCUAUGUAUUAAUUUAUUUACAUUAUUAUUAAUUUUAUUUUUAAAUUACAAAUUUAUUAAAAGACCAGUUUCAUUUGCAUGUUAUGAAUUUCUCACAUUAUUAUUUAUUAUAUUUUGUAAUGUGUUAUAAAUCAGGAAUUAAUAAAAAUUAAAUGAAUUAAACUGUUAUUUAUACUAAUUUUUGUCCAAAUUUAUUUUAUACUUUUACGUUUUGUGAAUUUAGAGAAAACAACUGUAAUUUAGUUUUAGUCCACAUGUAUAUUUGCACAGUGUUCUUAUUUUUGUACAGUCAAAUUCAAUUAAUGUUCUGCCAGUGAAAUUGUAAAAACUCGGAUUUUUCAUGGCAUAUUGUAAAUAUGAAGAAAAAUGCUGAAUGGCCAAGACUUUAUAUAAUUUCUGUAUUGAAAAUAAAACUCAUGAUGCUAAUUUUUUGUCAUCUAUUUUUUUCUUAUUAAAUUUUUUCA